GGAUGCACAGGCGGCUGCGGCCUAAUUCCACUUCCAGUAGGUCAAAGCCCUCCGAUCAAUUCAAUUCACAGCUGGUUGCAGCUACUCGAAGUUAUGCCCACACUGCAGGGCAUGAAUGGAAGUUAUCUGAAAUAGUUGGUUCAAUAUUCGAUUGGCAGCCCAGUGCGGGGAAGACUCCUCGACUCUUUAACUGGGAAUGCUAUGCCGACGGAGACUAUCAAUCAAAUCAGUUAGUGAAGGGUAGGUGAUCAAUUCUUCAACAGAGGUUGUGAAUGAAAGGGUUCAGCAAAGGAAGAGAGGCCUAUGGCGUAGUGACAAGGAGAAAGGAGUGAUUGCUUUGGUGGUUUGCUGCUCAUGGACGUGACACCUCAAUGCCUGAGACUUGGAGAGAGACAGAUGUAUGUAUGUGCGUGUGUGUGUGUGCAAGGUUGCGAGAUUUUGUUGCGAAGAAUAGCGGGCAAAGAGUCAACCGGGGCGGCGGGGGGAUCCGUGAGGGCAGGGUAGAGUUAUGGCUUCCAGAGAUUUGGUUGAGGAUUCAAGAAUCACUGUUGUUCAAGUCGUCGCCGGAGAAUCCCACACUCUCGCUCUCACAGCUGUGGGGAGUGUGUACUCAUGGGGACGAGGCUUGUUCGGGAAACUGAGGGUGGGCGCCUCCCAAGACGAGCUCAUCCCCACCUACAUCUCUAUCGGGUCGGACCCUGACGAGGAAGACAGUGCCGGGAGGUUCCAUUUUAGUAGAGAGGAUAACUAUCCGCGAGUCAGUCACCUGCGUGACAAAGACAAAGAAGAAGGGGUUGUGAAGAAAGUCACCCAAGUCGCAGCAGGGGCGUACCAUAACCUCGUGUUGACAGCGGACGGGUCGAUGUGGUCAUGGGGUUACAAUGCCUACGGUCAGCUUGGUCGCGAAAAGACCGCAUCGCAGCCCUCUCCGAUUAUCUUUGGUAAUUCCCGAGACUCGGCCGAAGAGGUUCGCCGAGGCGGGACUGUUUUCUUCAAGAGCGGGGCAAAACUCAGAACUCUUCAUGACGAGCGCAAACCGCCCAAGAUUGUGCUGGUGGCAGCCGGAGGCAUGAUGUCCAGCGCUAUAGAUGUAGACGGUGCUCUCUGGCUGUGGGGCGCUGUGCCGAAUCCUUCGGAGUUCGCUGACAGUCACUGCAGGAAUAGCUUCUCGAUCACUAACAUUGAGAAGCCUGAGAGGGUAAGGGGACUUUUGGGGCUUAGGGUUUAUCGAGUAGCAUGCGGGAACGAACACAUCAUAGCAGUCGUGGAAGGAAGAGACAAUGUCGAUCCAGACUGCUACGCCUGGGGUAACAACCAAUUUGGUCAGCUAGGACUCGGGGACUUCAGAGACAGGUCAUAUCCUCAGGUGGUGAAAGCUCUUGCUGCAUCCGUCGUUGGCCCCAUCCUGGACCUUGCUUGCGGGGCGUUUCACACUGCGAUUCUCGCUGGGAAGGAUGAUCAGCCCACUGACCUACUGCAGGAGCCGAAUUCACCUACUCGAAGUAGACACAAUAAGCUAGGCCGGGAUGUCAUUCAAGAUUCGACUCCCAAACAUUAUUUCUUCAGAACUCACCAACCGAUGGCCGAGCAACUAGAAUCUCUACGAAAUAUAGGCUCUCCGAAACCUCGCGUGAGACAGGAUAGUGAAACGAGCUCCUCUCUGAAGUCGACGGCCUUGGGGUCCUCGCGUAUGUCCUCCAGUCGCAGUCUAGCGCAGUACGCAGUCAGCAGUAGGUCCAAGGAAAGCUUCACCUUGGAAGGGCGGAUCUCUGUCUGCUGGACAUUCGGACAAGGAGAGAAUGGACAAUUAGGACAAGGCACUAAGGAGAGUCAAGCCCUGCCUGCUCCUGUUGAAGGACUUCCAAACGAGCGCCUCACAACGGUCGCGUGUGGACUCUUCCACACUGCUGUAGUAACUGAAACCGGCGACGUUUGGGUAUGGGGAAUGGAGGGAGGGCUAGGUUUGUGCCCGAAUAUUGGACCCCCUGGUUCGCGAAGUGGCGAUGCCGUCUUCCCUGUUCGAGUAUUUGGGGAGAGCUCUGGAACUUGCAAUCCCGUCUCUGGAUCCAAAGGCAUCACGUGCGGGGCAGCGCAUACUGUGACCCUGUCUAACGGGGGUAAAGAUAUCUGGGCGUGGGGGCGAGGUCAGAAUGGAGUUCUUGGUGUUGGACACACUUCCGACUGCUGGUUCCCGUGUCCAGUAUUGUGGCCGCCGGUCUCGUUAGCACCGUGGUCUGGGGAAUCCAAAGGUCCCCCACAAAUGGAUGCUUCGCAUUCAAUAGGUUUUGACUACCUGCGGCCAAGCCGAGAUUCGAAGAAGUCGGGCCCUAUGGACCAAGCGGACCCCGUCAAGUCUAGUGUUAAACAAACAGGAACAGUCACGAAUACCAAGAGGUUUGAACAGUCGGUAGAGAAUCCAGUAGCAUCAGAAGAAGAGACACUGAAGACUCUUCAGAAGGAGCUGGUUGAAGUGCGGCGGUACGCGGAGAGCCUCCAUGCAGCCGUCUACGGGGAGGUAGAAGCUUUCUCUACUCAUCAACCCGGAGUUCUUCUCUCCUCCAACGAGGACCGCAGCGAUUACGGAAGCUCCGGUAAUGGGCAAGCCAGCAGUAGCACCACGAUUCAGAAGAGUGCUCUUCAGGAUUGGGAGCGCCGCUUGGAAGCAGCAUCUGACGCAGAUCUGAUACGGUUGGAUCAAUAUUACAGAAGUAUGCGACUCCGAUUGAAGGAAAUCUUGUUUGGAAGGAGGACGGAUGAGUGGUGUCGACGAUGCAUGGCCGCGAUGAAUUCUUCCGGUAUCCCCGUGGAACCACCAACCAUGCGGGAGAUUUACUCGACAACAAGCACGUCUUCCACGGAUGGGCCAGGAGAGGUGGCCAUCAGUAAGUCCGGCAUCCAUGGUAACAGAGAUGAGCUGCUUCCGGCAGCAGCUGUGUCGGCUUCCAUCGCCGAGUUCCGGUUGUUAACAGGUCGACCAAGAUAAAAAUAAUAAAUAAAUAAACGGAAGCAAUUGAAUUAAUCGAGGCAGUUGGUCCCAUUUGUAGUUGUAUACAGAUAUGCGAAGAGUGCGAGAAGUUGAUGCUUGUAGAUAUUCCCAAAAAUGUACCAUCAGAAGAGAGAAUAGCAUUUCAUUCCUGUUGCGCAAAUUCGAUGUCGAAAUUGCUGGCAGAGACAUCAAACUGAGAAGUUUGAUCUCAUCCGAAAUCAAUUACUCGAAAACAUCCUAGCGACGGCUCUAACACAUAUAUUCUGAUUUAUGUCUGCUUGUGCGACAUUCA